AUGUCGGCGCUCAGGCGUUUCCUAUACACACCUGCGUCACGCAGGACGUACUCCUACUUCUCCUCCAAGUCCGGAGGUGGCCGCUUCUUCAACUCCGCGAAGCCGCCCAAGUCUGCAGUUGUUGCAGCAAAGAACACCACAGUCGAUCCCACUAACGCAGAAGCGCAGAAGGAGAAUGUGCAGGGUGUUUCUCCAAACAAUGGAGUACCUACACUAGCAGAGGCCCAGUCCACAGGACCUUCAGCGCAAGGCGCAUCGUCGUCGUCAUCCGCCCCACCAAGUUCCGAAGCAUCCUCAAGCGGUGCACCACAGGCAACCUCUUCCUUCACCAAUGUCUUCGCAGAGAUAACCCAGAACCAUAUUCCCCAUAAUAUCAUCUCUGCGAAGGACUUCAAGAUGCACCAGUUCUUCUCCUUGCAUCGUCCUCUCCUGCUUAUCUCUCAACCGACAUCCAUCUUCCGGUCAAUUCCGCCCGAAUACCCACUUUUCGCGCCAUUGCAGUCUGAUGUGGAGAAAGAGACUCAAAGGAGGCUCGCGGUCGGCCUGGACGCAAGCCCGGACCCAUUCAUCGAUGCGGAUGCCGAGGCUGCCCGUCAGCUAACGAGGGCCCUGACCAUGAGCAAAGCCGGUCCUUCUAUUAGUUGGGAACAUGCACUGAAGACACUAGGGUUGGAUGUUUCGAAGGAUGCAGACCGUGUCAACUUGCAGCAGCAGUUUGAUAGGGAGUGGGAGGAGGUUAUGUUUGAUAGCACCAAGAGGAAGAGACGAAAGAAGAUGAAGAAGCACAAGUGA